AUGUCAGAAGAACUCAACUUUUAUUGCUUGGGCGGAGGAAACGAGGUUGGACGUUCCUGCCACAUUGUAGAGUAUAAGGGGAAGGUCGUGAUGCUUGAUGCUGGCGUUCAUCCGGCCUUUUCGGGCGCAGAGUCGCUGCCUUUCUACGAUGACUUUGACCUUUCCAAAGUCGAUGUUUUGCUGAUUAGUCACUUCCAUUUGGACCAUGCGGCAUCUUUGCCGUACGUCAUGCAGCACACGAACUUCAAAGGCCGUGUCUUUAUGACAUACCCGACCAAGGCGAUCUACAAGUGGCUUCUAAACGAUUUUGUGAGGGUGACUAGUAUUGCCGACGACAACGACGAGAACUCUGCCAACUUCCUGUAUACCGACGAGGAUCUCAACGAAUCUCUUGACCGAAUCGAAACAAUCGAUUACCAUUCUACAAUUGAGGUCGAAGGUAUCAGAUUCACGGCUUACCAUGCGGGCCACGUUCUAGGAGCAGCUAUGUUCUUUGUCGAGCUUGGAGGCCUCAAAUUCCUGUUUACUGGAGACUACUCGAGAGAAGAAGAUAGACAUUUGAGUUCUGCUGAGCUCCCGCCAUCUAGACCGGAUCUGCUGAUCACAGAGUCGACCUUCGGUACCGCUACUCACGUUCCUAGAGUGGAGAGAGAAGCGAAGCUAACCCAUGUUAUACAUUCCACUAUUCAGCAGGGAGGCAGGUGCUUGCUGCCUGUGUUUGCUCUUGGUCGGGCACAAGAAAUUUUGCUCAUAUUAGACGAAUACUGGCAGAACAACCCAGAAUUGCAAAAUGUUCCUAUUUAUUAUGCUUCCGAUCUGGCAAAGAAAUGUAUGGCCGUUUACCAGCGGUAUGUGAACAUGAUGAACGACAGUAUCCGAAAAAAAUUCACAGAAACCAACCAAAAUCCGUUCCAUUUCAAGUACAUCAAAAACAUUACAAACAUAGAGAAAAUCAACGAUUUGGACUCGUCUGUGCUUAUUGCCUCGCCAGGUAUGCUGCAAAACGGCAUUUCGCGGAAAAUAUUGGAAAAAUGGAGUCCUGACCCUCGUAACUCGUGUAUUUUGACCGGUUACUCUGUUGAAGGAACAAUGGCCAAAAUAUUGCUCACUGAGCCUAGUGAGAUCCCGUCCAUAAUAAAUCCAGACGUUAUGAUACCGCGAAAAAUCAACAUAGAGGAAAUAUCCUUUGCUGCGCACGUUGAUUACGAACAGAACUCCAAAUUUAUUGAACUGGUGAAUCCAAAGGCCAUCAUUUUGGUUCAUGGAGAAACAAACCAGAUGGGAAGACUCAAGUCUGCUCUACUGUCCAAAUAUCAAAAGUUCAAAGGCACGGAAAACGAAAUCAAGGUCUACAAUCCGAGAAACAGCAGCAAGCUGUCACUAAGCUUUGAAGGAAUCAAGGUGGCGAAAGUGAUGGGCCAACUGGCUACCUCUCUUCCCAAAGAACAUGACACAAUCAAUGGCGUGCUCGUGCAGAAGAACUUCGAUCUGAGUUUACUCAAAAUCGAAGACCUCAGAGAGUUUGCGGGAUUGACCACCACUGUUGUCCGGCAAAGACAAUCAUUAAGAUGCACAGCUACAAAGAGUCUUAUCAAAUGGCAAUUGACACAAAUGUUCGGCUAUAUUCAGGAAUUGGUCGAUGAGGACGACGAGUAUGUAGUGAAGGUGAUGAGCGCAGUUAAGAUCACACUGGAAAGCAAAGAGUCAACUGCCACUGUGGAAUGGAACUCGGGCAUGGUUGACGAUACUAUAGCGGACUCUGUUCUUGCCAUUCUAAUGAGCUGCGACUCGUCGCCUGCAUCAGUGAAGAUAUCAUCCAAAUCACACAGUCACGAUCAUGAAAUCAAGCAAGAGGAAGAUGUCUUAGACGAGUAUUCACGCGAAGCCCGUCUUGCAAGAAUAUCCAAGCUCUUAACUGCCCAGUUCGGGGACUCGUUCAAACAUGACGCAGAGAAGCAAUGUGGAACGAUACAAAUAGGCAAGAACUCGGCCAAAAUCGACUACUCCACAUUCGAGGUCGCCUGCGCAUCGGGAGCUUUGCGUGGCAGAAUAGAAGGUAUUCUGAACCGUUCGUUGGAUCUGGUUGCUCCGCUUUCCAGAAAUGCAUAA